CCUGGCCUCUUGCGGCCCAGGUGCUGUAGGCGGCGCGACGCGGGUGUCCCGGGCAGGGCAGGCAAGGCGCGGGGCCGGCUCAUGAAGCUCCCUGGCGCCGAGCGCGGGAGCGCGGGCCAGCCAUGGGCGGCAGCCUGCGUGUGGCUGUUCUGGGUGCUCCGGGAGUGGGCAAGACCGCCAUCAUCCGCCAGUUCCUGUUCGGUGACUACCCCGAGCGCCACCGGCCCACGGACGGUCCCCGCCUCUACCGGCCCGCCGUGCUGCUCGACGGCGCUGUCUACGACCUGAGUAUCCGCGAUGGUGACGGCGCUGGCCCCGGCUCAAGCCCCAGAAGUCUCGAGGAGUGGCCGGACCCUAAAGACUGGAGCUUGCAGGACACAGACGCCUUUGUGCUGGUCUACGACAUCUGCAGCCCGGACAGUUUCGAUUAUGUGAAAGCCCUGAGACAGCGCAUAGCAGAAAAAAGGCCGGCGGGCGCGCCAGAGGCACCCAUCCUCGUGGUAGGCAACAAGCGGGACCGUCAGCGGCUGCGCUUCGGACCUCGUCGUGCACUGGCAACUCUAGUUCGCCGGGGCUGGCGCUGCGGCUACCUCGAGUGUUCAGCCAAAUACAACUGGCACGUGCUGCGUCUCUUCCGAGAGCUUCUGCGGUGUGCUCUGGUGCGCACGCGCCCUGCGCACCCGGCCCUGCGCCUGCAGGGGGCGCUGCAUCCAGCGCGCUGUAGCCUCAUGUGACCCGAUUGGACAGAGAAAUCUCAUGAAAGCAG